CUUUAUGUACGUCAGUUUGACGUACGUCGUGUUACAUCACUCUUCACGUGCACGCAGACCAGCUCUCGAAUUGACCGGCAGAAAACAAGCUUUACUUCAGUUCAGCGUGAAGGAGAAAGUUUCAUAAAUAGCCAGGAUGACUGUCAUGGAAUACGAAGACAAUGAAUCCAAGUUCAUCAGAAAAGCCAAAGAGAAUCCAUUUGUCCCUGCAGGGUUGGCUGGGUUCUUUGGCAUCGUGGCGUACAGACUGUACAAACUGAAGAGCCGAGGAGACACGAAGAUGUCCGUGCACCUGAUUCACAUGCGUGUGGCAGCGCAGGGCUUCGUGGUCGGAGCCAUGACUUUAGGGGUGGUCUAUUCCAUGUACAGAGAGUACAUGCUCAAACCCGCUGAAGCACAGAAAGCGUUAGAGCAGAAGGCAUUGGAAAACAAGUGAAGAAAAGUGUGCUUAAUACCAAGUGUUAGGGUGUCCCUUUGUAUUUAUUGCUGACAUAGAAACUUUCUCAAAAUAAUUUCUUUAAACUGUUUGCUUUUUAAAGAGGUUUGCGUUGUCAUUACGUUGCCAGGCAUGUUUAAGAAACAUUGUAAAGUAUGUGACGGAUUUGUAGCUAUUCUGCAACCGCGGACUACUAUUUAUUUAUCAUAUGAGUAACAAACUGACGAGAGCAAUCAAUUUUAUUAUUAUUUUUUACUGAAGAUAUUUGGAUUGGUAUAAUGUAUGCUCUUAUGUCGAUGUUGUGCCUGUGUUUCAUCACAGAGGUGUGGCUUUAAGACCUUUUGUUUCUUGUAAUUCAAGAUCUUCUUGUAUCAUUUAAGUCAACAGACAAAAUAAUUCCAGGACAACAGCCCUGAAUCUGAAACUUCACAGUGCACUGAAAGCAGUAUGAGGACUGCACUAUUAAUGGUUCUUAGCAGAUGAAGUGCUGUUGUUACAAACUGGAUCUUCUGCAAAUCUUUUCUUUUUGUCUCCAUCAUUUUCAAGUGUGUGUGAGUGUCAUGAGGAUUGAGAGGAACUUUUGUAGAUUUAUUGAUUGAGUGUGUUGCUGCGUGAAAUAACUAUUGCACCUUUUUUCAUAUUUCAAAACAAAAUCUGAAAAUUAUACUUCUAGAGUUGAGGAUCUCUUCUACCACUGUUUAUCUUUGCCAAUAAAAACUGUUGUAAUUCCAGUAAA